AUGACUGCACAACACUUCUUCCCCUCCCUUUUAGACUUUGGUCGUGGUGGUUACAAUGGACCUAGCGAUGAUUCUGAGGAUGAAGAUCAACCACCUUGA